CCUCUAUCUUGGCUAUGUCCAAUUAAUCUUAGACUCUUCGCAUUUCCUUGUACCAUCUGACAGCCACCUCUCUAGCUAGCUGUAGAGGUUCAUUUGCUAUCAUCUGGAGAUUGGUCGCGAUGGCAAACUGCCUUGCAGCUCCUAGACGGCCACUUCUGGCACUGCCUUUCCUUCUGCCCUCUCCUUACGAGUGUGUCACCCUAGGUUUGCGACGCAAUCAGUCUUCAUACAGGCGCACAAAGCAGCGUCUACGUGUCAAGCCAGAUGCCUCAUUUGGCUCCUCUGUGAGCCAUUCUCAAGAGGACCAUAUUAUCUACAACCCACCGUCAAGUGCGCCGUCCGUCUACCACACGCCCACUAAAUUUUUGCCCUCUGAUGAUAUCCGGAGAAAUUUGCGCAACGCGUCUGUCAAGGGUAGCAACGCCGAAUCACUUCCCCUCGCAGUCAAAGUGACCACCGAGAAAAAAUACCAUCUAAACCCAUCGGAUAUAAGAGAGAUACGCAGGCUCAGGGCCACUGAUCCAAUGACAUGGAGUCGGUUGAAGUUGGCCAAGCGCUUCGACUGUUCCCCAAUGUUUAUUGCAAUGGUCUGUGAGGCUAGUCCAGAGAAGAAAGAAAUCCAGAAGCGUAUCUUGGAAGCUGUGCAAUCAAGAUGGGGAUCGAAACGUCGGAUGGCCAGAGAAGACCGACAGCUGCGGAAGGAGACAUGGGGAAGGGAUCAGUAAACCAUCAAUCAGCUAUUCUAUUCCCCAAUUUGUCUUUACCUCGAUCAUUUCUUUUGUCACGCAAACCGCACCUCUUUACUUUCGAUUGGGUGUACCAGACCAGAGAGACUUGUUAGCUUCCGCUACAUGCAUUGUGGAAGCGCAAUUUUUGUAUAAAAUCAUGUAUUCUAGCGUUGUCAAUCUUGGGAAAUGGAAUGUAUUUUAGAAGAUUGGCUGUUUAAUUUUUCUUUCUUACUUACUUGUUUCUUUCAUUAUCUUUCUCUUUUAUAUUUUUUUUUCUUCAUUUCAACUUUUCAGUAGCACCCACAUUCUCCUGAUUUUUAUCUAGGUUAAGAGGCUCGUUAAUGGCUAUGGGCGCUUAUUUGCGCUCCGGGACGGGUAACCUUCCUAAGUACACAGGUGGGCAGGACGGACAACCAACCGAAUGAUAGCGAGGAUACUGUUAGGUAAACCUGUGUCA